GGGCAGUGCCGUUCACUCGCGCGCACUUCUACAUCGAACGUCAAACAUUACGCGCGUAACAAUACUUGGGCUCUAUUUUUUUUUUGUGAAGAAUAAAUCGCGUGAUGGAGAAGGAGCAUCAACCAGACUCCAUGGCCACCAUCACCAUGAAACCGGAAUAUCCACCAUCUGAAGUGUACAGCACGUCGGAACCACCACCGGCGUACCGGCAGAGAGUGUCGUCAUCAGUACAAAUAGCGAGGAUCGCGGCGCUGACGGUGGUGGCUGCCUCGUUCAUCCUGGGCGCGUUUAUCCUGGCCUCGAGCUGGGUGGCCGCGCGCGCCUCCUGCCACCAGCUUGAGCAGCUGGAUGCUAUGCUCGACAAGGAACUGGCACUCGAGGGACGCGCGUAUGGCAAUGACGCCUUGCUGGCCGAUGAGCCCCUGCCCCUAAGCAACGCGCACGCACUGCACGGUGUGCCGCCGCCGUCUGUGGCGCCGGAGCCGUCUGCGCAGCCCAGCCAGCCAGUGCCAGUCCCCGCCAACCAGCUCAAAGACGACGCACUCAACCAUGCAGAGUCUAAGAUCGACGAAGACAAAUUACAGAAAAUCGACGAUGAGAGAAAUGACUCGCCGAACUCAGCAAGUGACGACAGCUCAGAGUCUGACAGCUCGGCUGAGGAGGAGGAUGAGCUCGACGCCGUCCGGCCCAUGCUCAAGCUGCCCAUACAGUUCGACCUCGAUGAACUAGCUGGAGCCUUCCUGGCUAACAAUCAGAAGGGCCGCAUGAACUGCGUGGUUGAGAAGCGUCGCGACGAUCCCAUGGAGAGGCGAUUCCCUUUCAACAUCCUCGGCGCCUUCGCCCCGCGCAGCGCUCACGCCGAGCGCAUCGCCAUCAUCUGCCACGGAGGCGAUGAGCCCAGGCCGAUGAACUUCCCGGAGCCCCAGUCGCAAGUGUUCGCGUUCCCGCUGACGGGCCCCGUGCGCCUGCCGCUGCGGCCGCAGCCCGAGCGCGCCGCGCCGCCCGCCGCCGGCCCCGCGCCGCGCAUGCCAUUCGCACCCAUGACACACCGACAGGCACCUUUCCCCCUCCCAAUGCCAUGGGACUCGUCAGAGGAGCAGAUGGGUAGUCCCCGUGAGAUGCGCAUCCACGUGCAGCGAGUGAUCGCCAUCCCCGCUCCCCACAACAUGCCACCACCACCAGAGACCAUGGGACCCUUCGCGCCUCCCCCACCACCACCACCACAAGGCCAUGACCAGAACGAACAACCCACCGUGCUCCACCAGUUUGUGCCUCAGUCUGCUCCCACGCAGGAACUCGAACAACCUGAGUUGUAUGUGCAGGUACAAAAGAUCCCCAUGGAGGGACCUGCGGUGCAGAUGAACCUGCCGUGGAACCUGAGCCCCGAGGAGCUGCACAUGAUCCACCGCACAGCCGAGGACGCCGCCGCCAACCAGCGCCGCGACCAACAGAUCGACAAUGACAUGCAAGAGGUGAAGACGAUCGUGAAGACUCUGGCGGCGGCGGCGGAGGCGGAGGCGGAGGCGGAGGCGCGCGCGCAGGCGGAGGAGCAGGGCGAGGCGCGGCCCGAGAUGGCGCCGCGCGCGCCGCGCACGCUGCUGCUGCCGCAGGACAUGCCCUCCGACGAGAGGCCGCACUAUUUGCAGCCGCGCUCAGUGCGCAGCGUGGACGCGCUAGUGGCGCGCGAGAAGCGCGUGAAGCGCUGCGCGUGCAGCUGCGACUAGAGCGCCGCGCAUGCGCUGUGCCACACUAGCGCACAGCGGCUCUCUCCGUCCAUUUUUCUAUCUCCAAUAUUUUGUAACAGUUCAUGAAACCUGUUAGUUAACAUAAUAACGGCUUGUCUCUAACAUUUCUGUAAAUAAAGUUGUUAAUCCAUGAGCUUCCGAUGAUGGUUUUUAAUUACCUAUCGCUGCAUAAAGGUUGUAUUUAUGGGAAAUUUUUAUGUUUGUUAAAUAAUUAUAAAUUUUAUAGUUCGUUUGUUUCCUGUUUCGAUGUACCUAUGAGUUUCUAUUAUCGACUGUUCACGUCUUGAGAAUGCAAUAUGUAAGGUAUAAUAAUAGUUUUAACAUUAGGCACGUGUGUAUAGGUACAUAUGUGCAUGUUGUAAUUGUGAGGGUAGGAGGAGGUCGGCGAUGCAAUAUCCAUCAGCAAGAUUGAUUCACAACCGCGAACACGCUCUGUUCAGCUUGUUGUUAAUUGGUUUAUGAGAAAAUAACUCUGAUUUGUUAAGAUAAGAAUACUUGCAUUUGUCUGGGGUAAUGGAAAUGCAUUUAGUUCUGGAGGAACUCUAAACCUUGUUUGCAAACCUUGCUCCUUUAUUAACUUGUGGUGAUAUUGUAAAAUUUAAAUCAAUCUUGUAUUCUAUUAUUGUGAUCCUAAAUUAAAUUUGUACUAGUUUUA